CUGUUGUUGUUACGUAACACACACUGUAACGUGCUCUCUUGCGUAACGCUCGCGUCUGUCCGCGCGUGCGCAGUCGCGCUGUGGUCUGUCCGCCAUUGAGACACACGAUCUCAGAUAGAAACGGGUCAGAGGCAGCGACACAGACGACACUCACGUUUCUCCACUCCUCGUGCUCUGAAGUUUGACGGUUACCGUUUUUUAUCAACGUCUUUUUACAGUCCGUUUACACUGGUGUUUUCUUUUUUUGUCCCGAGGUACGUUUGAUGGACCAGCACAGGAUAUUUUAGCAGCGUUUAGUGUUCCCGUUAGCGGGUUAAGCGAACCGAGCCUGGCUCUGCUCUGGGGGCAAGUGCGCCUGCAGCAGCUCAGCGUUUGAUGGAUCCUAGAAUCGCCUGGUUUCAGCCAGAACAGCGAGGACCUGCCAACAACCUGUGGAUGCACAUCUGGGAAACGACGCAGACGCUGGGAAACCUUUACUUCAACAACAACUGCAACACAGCCAGCGCCAAACUGACGAGCGGCGGCGGAGGCGACGGUGCUUCGAGUAACGCGGCCGACAGCAGCGGAAAGCCCAAGGAUCAUCAGGGGAUGUCUGGAUCCAAACCCGACAGUGAGGUCUCCGAACAACUAGACUUCAUCCCUCUGGAAGCCAAUAACAACAAUAACAGCAGCGGCGGCAGGGCAGGCAGAGGUGUCGGUGGAGGGGGGCAAGUGGGUGGCAGCAGGGUCGCGGGAGUGGGAACGGAGUUGCCAAGCAAGAGGAAAAGAGACAACAAGGCGAGCACCUUUGGCUUUAACAGGAGUCUGCUGCUGACGGAUGGGGCGGAGGACAUUUACACGGGCACACCGUGGAAGAGCAGAAACUACUCGGAAGGCAUUGUGGGGCUGCAUGAGGAGAUCAAGGACUUUUAUGAGUAUAUUUCUCCUCGUCCAGAGGAGGAGCACAUGAGGCUAGAAGUGGUGGCCAGGAUCCACAGGGUCAUCACGGACUUGUGGCCCAAUGCCGAGGUUCAAGUGUUUGGCAGCUUCAGCACAGGCCUGUAUUUACCUACAAGUGAUAUAGACUUGGUGGUUUUUGGUCACUGGGAGACUUUACCUCUCUGGACUCUGGAAGAGGCGCUGCGCAAGAGAAAAAUUGCAGAUGAGAACUCUGUCAAAGUCCUGGACAAAGCAACGGUCCCCAUCAUUAAACUGACAGACUUGCACACAGAGGUAAAAGUGGACAUCAGCUUUAACGUACAGAAUGGGGUUAAAGCUGCAAACCUCAUCAAGGACUUCAAACAGCAAUUUCCUGUAUUACCGUACCUGGUGCUGGUUUUGAAGCAGUUUUUACUGCAGAGAGAGCUGAAUGAGGUUUUUACGGGAGGAAUUGGAUCAUACAGUCUGUUCCUCAUGGUUGUCAGCUUCUUACAGUUGCACUACAGAGAGGACGUGUGUAGUUCAAACCCAAACCUCGGUGUACUGUUGAUUGAGUUUUUUGAGCUGUACGGACGCCAUUUUAACUACCUGAAGACGGGGAUCAGGAUCAAAGACGGUGGCUCGUACGUGGCCAAGGAUGAAGUGCAGAAAGGCAUGCUGGAUGGGUACAGACCCUCUAUGCUUUACAUUGAGGAUCCUUUGCAGCCAGGAAAUGAUGUAGGGCGAAGUUCAUAUGGGGCGAUGCAGGUGAAAGAGGCUUUUGAUUAUGCUUAUGUUGUCUUAAGUCACGCUGUGUCCCCAAUUGCAAAGUACUACCCCAACAACAAGUCAGAGAGUAUUCUAGGUCGAAUAAUCCGUGUCACACAGGAAGUAGCAGAGUACCGUGACUGGAUCAGUGCGCAGUGGGGCCAGCGGAGCAACAAUGAGCCAGUCCUCAAUUGUAAUGCAAAUGAUGUCACGCGGCUAGUUGAGUCUGAGGAGCUUGAUGAGUGUAAUAAUAACUUUCCAGAAGAUAGUGCGGUACUUCCUGCUGUUCCCCGGAGCAAAGUGUCAUCAAACUCUUCCUCUCCUUCUUCAUCAUCGUCAUCGUCAUCGCCAUCUUCAAUAGCCUCUAGCUCAAGUGAUGCGGACUCUGAUGGAACGCCCUGUAAAACUUCGAAAGCUUUGGGCCGGAGCUCUAACUCUUACAGUGAGAAUACAGAAAGGAAUCUGUCCAAUCACAGGUCACAAAAUCAUUCAGCAACAAUGCCCACCCCCACUAAUAAGGGCAACAAGAGCCGACAGCUUGCUAACAAAAGUGCUCAAGGGCCACACAACAACCCCAACAAGAUCCAGCAAAACAGCAAGUCCCAAAAAAACAACAUGAAGAAGAGGAAACCUCAGCGUGAGGUAGCGCAUGAGGACUUUUGUAGAUAGGGGGAGCUGUUCUUGCAGACUCGCGCCUGCUCUUAAAAUCUCUGACCACAGAAGGGUGCUGCUGGUAUCAUUUAUCUCUCCUGUCCCACUGUUUAAGGGAUGUGUGUGACUUUGUAGCUGGAAAAGAAAAAGAAAAAAAAAAAAGAAUAAUUAAAGUGGGGCGUAGGCCAUGGGAUUGAAAUCAUGUGGGAGAGUUUAGGCCUGAUCUCCACUGGCUUCUGCACAGCUUCUGCUCACUGCCCUUAUGGGAGCUGCACUGCUCUACUGGAGAUGGGAGGACCAGAGAAUGUAGGGGAGAGAAUUCAACUUGAGCAAUACCUGAAGCCCUGGACUUUUGCCUCACUGAGGACAACUGAAAUAAAAAAAGGACUCUAAUUACAAAAAAGGUUAUAUUGAAAGUGCAAAGAUUUUUAAAUGUCUAAAAAAAAAUUGAAAAUGUAAUUAGUACAAGAGAAAUUAUGCAUGGUUUUUUUUUUUUUUUUUUGAAGAGUGGUUCUUUUGUCAUGUACGCAGAUUAUACAGAUAUUUGUACAAGAAAAAAAAAAUGAUACAAAAAGAAAAAAAAACAAAAAACACAAAAUACCCCAAAAAUAUUAUCCAACAUGAAAAUGGUUUCAUAAUACUUUUAUAGUAUUGUUCGAUUUUUGCCAUGCUAUAGAUGUACACACAUUAACCAGAAAACAGCUCUUCACAGCUAUGUACGGGUUUGGGUUCAAUUGCCAACACUUAUCAUCAGCCUCUUCUGCUGUUCUUGUGAUGAUGUGGUCGGGCAGUGUGAGAGAGAUGUUAGUAGUUGACUGCACAUCCGAAAACACACAUAACUCAGUGCACACUGUAUGAAUGUGUAUGUGUGAGCAGUCUGUCAGCAAGAGGAGUGAAGUGUGUAGAUCUGGAAAUUUGAAGAACACUACAGCUGUGGUUUUCAGUCUGCUUCUCGGAAUGAUCUGCCCAUCACAAAAUAAUUUGUAUUUGUUAAUGUAUUUAUUUUUAUCAAAGACAGUGGAUUUCUAUAUGCUGACCGCAGAGGCCAGACAUGUUUUGUGUUCUGUCUUAUGGCUGAGUGGCAAAACAUGAUUGUUGCUUGUCAUGUAGUGUGGUAUAUAUUUUUUCUGAAUGUCAAAUACCCUUUUUCCGAUAACAAUUGAGUGACCAAGUUUAUUUCUGAAAGUACAUUUUAACAGAGAUAUAAGAAAAAAAAAUGGUUUAAACAUUUUAAUUUGUGGCUGGUCUACUUAAAAAGAGAUGAGGUGAAUUAUUUUGUGUGAGUUUUAUUUUUUGUUGAUUUUAUUCUUUUUUUGUUUUUUUCUUUCUCCAUUCCACUGGAUCUUGAUGUAUUGUAAGAAUGCCUGUUCUCUCUAAAUUAAUAUUAUUGCAAUUCUUCAGAUAAACAGUAGGUGGUGGUGUAACAUAAGGUUAUUUCAUACACUGUAAUUCCCCUGUGACUUUUUGUUUUAAGAUUUGCCUAACAGUUUUCACAGAUCUCUGUAAGUUUAAGAGAUGAUGGCUUUUGAUGAGGUAAUAUUAGUUACUCCACCUGUGUUGAGUGUAUAUGAUGCUAAAAUGGAGUAUCAAUGCCAGUAGUAUGUCUUAAAACCAGAUGGAUGCCACUGAAAUAGAGUUGAGAGAAAUGCAGAGAUAGAAGAAUUGGAGGAUCAUUAGUGCCACAGCCAGUGCUCCAGACAGGUUUACUUCACAUGUAUCCAUGAUCAUCCAUGCAAUAAAAAUUACAGCACAACUAUCAAACAAUCAAGCUGGUACAUUUACUAAUUAUAAAAUUUCUGUUCAACACAUCUUUUCUUUCUUUGUUUUGAAAAGUUGAUAAACAUUUUGUACUUUCCUAAUGUUAAGUGUACUAAACGUUGUUUGGACAAUUUCUGAUAUUGUUUAAUGUCUUGACAUAGGGCAUUUAACUUAACCCUAGUGACUGAGCCAAGCAAAUGAAUGAUGUUCUAUAGUCAGCUGGUGCAGCAGAACAAAACUUAAUGAAAACCAUAAUUAAACCUGAUAUUAUUUUCUCUCUCCAAGUCCCAGUGACACUUUGUGAAAGACUAAAUGUAUCAAUUUCAACAAUAAUACUAAUCAUUUUUAAUACUAAUAAUUUUUACUACUAAUACAUUUUUUUUUUGCUUAACUUCAUAGUUCUGUUUUGGUUGAGGAAAUGUUUAAAAAUUUGCUAUAGGGUAGCAAAUUUACUUGACGCACAAACUUAUUUUCCAAUCGAAAAUACUUUUACCUUGCAUUCAGAGGAAUUUUGAAAAAUAUUUUGUUAGUUGCAGCUGCAUUCUGCACGCUACAGAACACCCGAUGUGUCAUUUUGCAAGUGCACCAGGUUUUAACAUGACACUGAAAGAGUUAAUAAUCUUAAAUCUGUUAAAAUCCCACCUGUGACUGUUCUCUCUUGACUGUGGGAGACAUAAUUUUUCCAGGUGGGACUCUUUACCCUAGACAGACUCAGACAUUUAUCUGAUCCUCAUCUCUAUUGUCUUUGGCAUGCCAAUAUAAUACUUUGCUAUUUAUAUGAUCUGUGAUUUAUUUGUAUAUAUAUGAAGAUAAUAUGGCAGUGAUUUGGGAACAGUAAUUGCUGCUUGAGCAGUCCUAUCACACUUUCCAAAAUCAGUCAACGAAAUAAUCCAAAAAAGAGUUACUGUUUAAUUAUACAUUUUUGUAUAUUUGCUACUUGUAGUGCCUGUCUGUGAAGUGUAGGCUAUUGCAGCUGCUUCACUGAUAUGCACAAAGCACAGGACUACAGCUUUCACAAUGUUUCUAUUGACUUCUCAAUAGUCAUGUCUAUGUCAAAAACUGGUAAUCCCAAAACUAAGCAAAUAUUGAAUAUGCAUAAACAAUUAUAUAUUUUAUUAUUUUUUAUAUAAUAUUUCAUGGUUGAUCUUUAUUUGGAAAAAAAAAAUGUUUUAAGUCAUUGUUUUGAGGCUGUGUCACUAUUAUUAGCUCUUAUAGGCUACUAUUAAGACAUCAAUGUUUUGUAUAUUUUUGUGAAAAUGAAAAGGGAAUAAAGCUCAAUUUUGGACUCAAUCAUAAGGAAGAUCUGUAUUCUAAAAUAAUAAAAUGCACUUUAAAAUCA